CUGCCCUAGGGUGGGAGACAGAACGGGAGGCCUCUCUAGACUCCUUCCCCGUCCCCCCCCACGAGCAGAUGGGGACGAGCCUUCUUUGAGAGGCCUCCUUCCCUCUCCCCGCCUGCGGUUCGGCGGUACAACUCCCCUGGUCCAGACACUUCUCGGUUGCUCAGCGGGACUGUGGCCAAGUCCCUCCUUUUGUCUCGUGUGCCAGACCCACUGGGGAAGUACUUUUGGUUUUGCAGAGAAGAGACAGUCCUGAAUCCGCCUUGCCCGGGCGCAGAAAAAGGAGGAGACGAGUCGUAGGGACCGCCUUUCCUUCCCCUGGUGGAGCGGGGCGCCCCCAAGAAAAGCGCGAAAUGUGAGCGGGGCCCGGCCGCCUCCAGACCUAGCCAUCCUUCCUCAUUCUUGCCCCAGAAGAAUUUUGUAUUACUUUCUAGAGCCUGAACGAACUCCCAUUCAGCGAUAAAUGCUGAAGAAACACCUAAGUUCUGGAAAUAGCGACUCAGUAUCAUGGCCGGCAGCCCUAAUGAAGAUCCAGAAGGAAGCAGAAUCACUUAUGUGAAAGGAGACCUUUUUGCAUGCCCCAAAACAGACUCUUUAGCCCACUGUAUCAGUGAGGAUUGUCGAAUGGGUGCUGGGAUAGCUGUCCUUUUCAAGAAGAAAUUUGGAGGGGUGCAGGAGCUGUUAAAUCAACAAAAGAAAUCUGGAGAAGUGGCUGUUCUGAAGAGAGAUGGGCGAUAUAUAUAUUACUUGAUUACAAAGAAAAGGGCUUCACAUAAGCCAACUUAUGAAAACUUACAGAAGAGUUUAGAGGCCAUGAAGUCCCACUGUCUGAAGAAUGGAGUCACCGACCUCUCUAUGCCCAGGAUUGGAUGUGGUCUUGAUCGUCUGCAAUGGGAAAACGUAUCUGCAAUGAUUGAGGAGGUGUUUGAAGCAACAGACAUCAGAAUUACUGUGUACACACUCUGAACAGACGGGCGCUUUGGAUGUGUCCACAUUCUCCUGUUUUAACCCCUACUGGACCAUAGCACUGGGUGAACUGGCCUAUUUAAGUCCUCGGUCAGGGGAAGUUUCAUGUGAAGUAGUCUGUGUCACAGGCCAGACUUGGGUUACUGUAUUCUCAUGAUUGGACUGGAACUGUGGAGGAGGGAUUGCUUGGGAAAUGUUGCUGUGAUGUUUUUUGCAAGGUAAGGAGUAGAUGGCCUGAUAGGAGGCAAGGAAACCGGAUGUUGGGCCUCUGACCCCUGUUUCUCCGGGAUGCUUCCUGACUUGUUUGGCUUGCCACUGGGUGGCAGCAUUGAUUAUACUUCUCUGCUGUUUAAGAGAAAUUUCAGGAAGGAUGAACAUUUCAGUUAAUUUUCCAUCUUUUGUCAUUUGUGAGUUUGCUUAGUAUUAAUCUAAUGUCACGUUCAUCCUAGGAGAGAGUGAUGGGUUUUGUUUUGUUUAAAUUACAAAGAUGAGUGUUAUGUUGUUAACAAGAUAUUUGUGGUGACAGAAAUGGAAGAAUAAAUAUCUUUUCUUUUGGG